CAGCGACCUCUUUCAUUUCAUCGUCCUCUCCUUCACUCCCUCCCUACCGAUUGCCUCCGCCGCCAUGAGCUACAUCCACCCCUCAUGGAACUACCCUCCGCAUACGGGUCUACCAAUGGACCACACCAUGGCCUACGACCCGACUAUGAUGCCUCCGCCGAUGAUGCACCCCAUGGAGGGGUACAUGUACCCACAUCCGCCCAUGGAGAUGAUCGACUACUACCACCAACCCAUCAUGGACUAUGACGAAUACACAGAGAACCUGUCGCGGCCGCGAUUGACCAAAGAACAAGUCGAGACUCUGGAGGCCCAGUUCCAAGCCCAUCCCAAACCCAGUAGCAAUGUCAAGCGUCAAUUGGCCGCUCAAACAAAUUUGAGCCUGCCUCGCGUUGCCAACUGGUUCCAAAAUCGACGCGCCAAAGCCAAGCAACAGAAGCGUCAAGAGGAGUUUGAGAAAAUGCAGAAAGCCAAGGCCGAGGCCGAGGAGGCUGCUCGCCAAAAGACCGAAACCUUGGAUCAGAUGUCCGACUCACGACAACGUUCCGCCUCAAAGGAAGAGUCCGAUAAAUCUCCUACCCCCAAACCGACUCCCGCCGCUUCUGCAUCGGAUAGCAAGGCCGCUAGCGACGCCUCCCCGAACAAGCAGCACAAGAAAACAAAGAGCGACGUGGCCCGCGAGGCAACUUUCCUGUCCCUGCAACGGGCACUCAAUGCUGCAUGCGCCGCUCGCGAUCGGUUUACUGGGCGAGACUCGAAGACCAGACGGGAUGCCAAGCGAGAAGCUCUGCGGGAGGCUCCUCAAGAGGAGGAGGAGGAUUCUAUCUCUCCCACUUCGAUGGCACCGCCCAGCGCUACCCCUAGGACACGCGAGAACAAGGAACACGCGACACUAAAUCCCUAUCAGAACUGGCCCGACAUCAAGGAGGAGUCUGCUUCAUGGACCCAUGGCCAAACGGAAGCCUCAUACCCGUCGACAAGCCAAGCGGUUCACGAGAUGCCAAACGUCUCGCACUCUCUGCAACAGAAUGUGGAUGCGUACUCGGGAGCUCAAUACCACACCCAGGCUGAGGAAUGGGCAGAAAGUUCCAAGGACCAGCUCUCUGUGCCUGGUAUGGGGCACGACGCCGCCCUUGGCUACAACAACAUGCAGUACCCGAUGUCUAUGCCAACUCCAGAUAUUUCGCUCUCUCGACGGGAGUCAUCUGAUGCGUUGACUAACUCUUUGAACGGUAUUGGAAUCUGCAAUGCCGAGUCUGGAUUCUCGCAGUCUCAGAACCGAGUUGGUGGAUCGUGGAAGGAAACGGGCAAGGAACUCGACCUUGCCGCGAGACGGAAACGUCCUCGCCCUGCUGCCAUCGGCACCUCCAACACCCGCUCGCUGGCUAAUUCGACUUCCAUGUCUUCUCUGUCGCCUAGUAGCCGCAUGCCCAGUGGUGCUAGUAACUCGAUGAGGCACUCCAAGUCGACUCAGAGUCUUAACUCUCGGUAUGCCGGUGUUAGGAAAGCUUCCGCCGCCCAGCGCUCCCCCUUGAACCUCACUUUUGCCGAGUCCGGUUCCAUGAAAGCCAGCAAGGCUGAUAUGCUGCGGCCGUCGGUCUCGCAAACCACUCUGGCUCCUCCAACCCCCUUGACUCCGCAGGACUUCCAGCACUUCAUGCCUGCUUCGCCAACCGAAAGCAACUACUGCCUGUCAGCGCAUUCCACAACUCAUUUCUUCCCUGCUUCGCACCCAAUGCAAGUCAACAUUGCAUCGCCUCCUGCAACACCUCUUGACAUCUACUCUCCCUUCCCUUAUCAGAACGUCGCUCCGCCCAUGUCAGCUCCGGCUCAGGUAUCCAGCUUUCCGGAGUACGUGGCCUGCGACCCGGUCCCCAUGACGGCCAGAAGCUGGGCAGAUACCAAUUCUCUUUCCUCGCCCGAAUACCCAGUCGGUCUUCAAGUGCCACACUCGGCCACGGUGUCUCCUGUUGGAUACGACGCGGGGAUCGAACACCCGGGGAAUGCCUUUGGGAUUGAAAAUGUAUCCGGCUCUCCAUCUCUGAUCUACUCGAUCGAGGAUACCGACAUGCCCGGUUCUGCAGAUGCCAAUGAGAGGAAGGCGACCGAGUUUAUGAUGCACGAGUUCCCCGGGCGGGCCAUUCACGGGGGGCAGAAGCCCAAGGCUUACACGUUUGCGAACAAUGCCACGCCGAGCAACUAUCCUCCCUGA